AUGGCUGAACCAUCUGUUUCACAACCACAUGACCCGCCGCCAGUAGUACAACCGGCGAGCCGUGGCACAAACCAUCCGGUCAACAACACCCUAGCCAGUGUGGCCAAUCUUGCUAACCUUCUACCCACUGGCACUGUGCUUACGUUUCAAGUACUCACACCUACAUUCUCCAACAAUGGCUCCUGUAAUCUUUCCAACAAGUGCCUCACCGCAAGCAUCAUCAUAUUCUGCGCCAUCUGUUGCUUGUUAUCGUCUUUUACCGAUAGCUUUGCCGGCAAGGAUGGAAAAGUUUACCAUGGUAUCGCCACGAGCAACGGCCUGUACAUAUUUAACACAGACAACUACUGCUGCGAGGACACGAAAGACCUGGACAAGUUUAAACUCAGUUUUAUAGAUUUUGUUCAUGCAUUUGUCUCAUUGUUCGUGUUCAUGAUCUUUGCUGUUGGCGACUCAAGUGUGCAAAGUUGUUUCUUUCCUGGAGCUGGAGCUAAUGAGAAAGAACUGAUAAUGAAUCUGCCAUUAAUAGCCGGGGUAUUGUCGAGCUUUGUGUUCACUAUUUUUCCAACUAGACGUAGAGGCAUAGGAUUCUCGCACUAA